GAGAGAGAGAGAGAGAGAGCGACUGUGCACAAAACAGCUCGCCUCCUAAACGAGGGAAGAAAGCCCCCAUCCUCCUCCUCCUCCAUUGAAGAAGAGACCUUGCUCCAGCUGUUCCGACAGCCCAACAAAAUCCAACCUUUCCAUUCAUACGCCCAUCUGUUGAUCGAUCAAACAUCUGUAGGAAAGCGCAUCGCUCGCUCCUUCUCUCUGCUCUGCUCAAAACAGAGCAAGAUCUUCUCUGUAGGGGAAGCAGGCAAACGGGGGUCGCGCCCAUCAAGAACCGCCGGAGCUAACCCACCAAGAAGAGACAAGAGUUUCCCGCAUGGCGGACACCCUCUUCUCGAGCCUCUCCGACGACGUCGUCCUCAACAUCUUCUCCAAGCUCGAGGGCGACCCCCGCCACUGGGCCCGCCUCGCCUGCGUCUGCACCAAGUUCUCCUCCCUGGUCCGGAACGUCUGCUGGAAGGCCAAGUGCUGCGCCGCCAUCCCCUCCGUCGUCGCCGACCUCGCCGGCGCCGCCUCCGCCUCCGCCGCCUCGCCCCCCGGCGGCUGGUCCUCCCUCCACAAGCUCGCCGUCUGCUGCCCUGGCCUCGUCCACGCCGGCGUCCUCCUCGAGAACUCCGACUUCGGCCUCGAGCGCGACCUUGGCCCCAACGAAGAUUACUCGAGAUCGGAUCGCCCCCGACCCGAUUCUUGCUCCUCCGCCGCCGCCGCCUCCUCCUCGAGUAAGUGCCGUGAGAAUUCGGAACCCGUCGAUAGUUGUCCUUGGUCUCUGUACGAUGAUCUGUACUUUGAUACUGUUUACAAUACGUCCGAGUCGCAAGAGGGUGUGCGAUGGGGGGAUGAGGAUGUGGCUGUGGAAACAGGGUAUGUGAAGGUGGGUGGAUAUGGCAAUGCGUGCAAGAGGAGGAAAAUUUGGCGGUCGAUGCGGUCGCAUUUGGCAUCCAGCGUUUGGAAUUUGUGCCGGGAACAGGGGAUUAAGCUGCUCGCGAGCCGGUUCCGAGGAGACUGCCUGUACAUCUGUGACUGGCCUGGCUGCGUCCACAUCGAGGAGAAGAGGAAUUACAUGCUUUUCCGUGGGGUGUUCAAGAAUUUCAAGCGGUCCAUGGUUUGGAGGACGAUAAACGAUGGGAAUAGGAGCAAGAUCAACUUGAAUUGUGCCUUCUGCUCGUGUAAGGAGACUUGGGACUUGCACUCUGCCUUCUGCUUGAGGCGGAGCUACGGGUACCAUGACGAUGGCGAGCCGGUUGUUCGAGCUUAUGUCUGUGAGAAUGGACAUGUCUCUGGGGCGUGGACCGACUUGCCACUUUAUACUUGAUGGCUACCUUCCUGUGUCGGUCUCUAUUCCUGCCUUAUUGUCUUUGAUAUUGUGUUGUUGUUUAGCAGUGCUUAGCUGAUUUAUGUUUGCUUAUCUAUGAUUGAUCAUGUUUGUUGCAAUUUUAUCUUGUUAUUGUCAAUUCAAGAUGGAUACUGUUAAAUGUAUCUUUGGUUCAAAUGUAAUAUCAGAUUGGUAUGA